AUUACCAUUCAUCCAUCAUCCUAUCUCCUUGCUCUGUUUCUGGGGCUCUUCUCCACCAACAUCCAUCUACCAUGGCUGCAGCAUCGUCCGUCGCCCUCUCCAGCUUGAAGAACCCCGCCAUGGAUGUCUCCUCGCGCUCCACAUUCUCGGGUUUGGCAUUGCCCCCUCGAGGCAGCAGCGGCAGCGCCAAGAGAUCCAAGUCUCUCCUCGUCCAAGCUUCCUCCACCUCGGGUGAGCAGCAGGCGGCCAGAUCCAAUGCUGGUAGAAUGGCGGCUGCGCUGGCGGCGGCGGCGAUCAUCGGCAGCGCUCCAAUCGUGGCGGCGCCGCCCGAGGCAGCAGCGGAUGUAGCCGGCCUCACCAAGUGCAAGGAUUCCGCGGCCUUUGCUAAGCGCGAGAAGAAGGAGAUCAAGAAGCUCCAGUCGCGGCUCAAGCUCUACGCCGACGAUAGCGCGCCGGCGCUGGCGAUCAAUGCCACGAUCGAGAAGACCAAGCGGCGAUUCAAGUUCUAUGGCGAUGCUGGGCUCUUGUGUGGCGCGGAUGGAUUGCCCCAUCUCAUCGUCGAUGGCGAUCAGCAGCACCUGGGCGAGUUCGUCUAUCCGGGGCUCAUCUUCCUCUACAUCGCGGGAUGGAUUGGAUGGGUUGGGCGGAGCUACUUGAUCGCUGUCAGCACUGAGGCCAAGCCCACGCAAAAGGAGAUCAUCAUCGAUGUGCCGCUGGCGACGAGCUUGAUAUGGAAGGGAUUUGUGUGGCCGCUGGCUGCCGUGAGCGAAUUCAGGAAUGGGAAGCUAGUGGUGGACGCUGGCAACAUCACCGUCUCUCCCAGGUAGACGAGGAUCACAGACAGCUGCGCGAAAGAAGAAGAUCCAAGAACACCGUGUAAUUUGUGUAAUGAGAGAUGGUUUCUAAAAUCUCAGCUAUCGCGUUGAUCGAUUCGUGCUCGAUUCAUUCGCGCUCGAUUGGAUCACAGGAAAUAUUUCGCAAAGAUUCUAUUUUCCCCCAAA